GGAACCAUUCUAGAACUGUUGGGACAUGCGCAGACACAAGCACAGCUGGAGGAGAUUGUCAAGGAAGUAGACGUUGAUGGAUCGGGAGAGUUGGAGUUUGAAGAGUUCUGUAUCCUGGCAUCCAAAUUCCUGACAGAAGAAGAAGAAGAUGUAAAUGCUGAACUUCUGAACUCAGAACUCAAAGAGGCGUUUCGAUUCUACGACAGAGAGGGAAAUGGCUACAUCACGACAGAGGACUUCAAAGAGAUCCUAAGGGAACUAGACCCAGACAUCCCUGAGAAGGAACUGAUUGGCAUGGUCAACGAAAUCGACAUUGACGACUCUGGAACUGUUGACUUUGAAGAGUUUCAAAAAGCUCUUCGUUAACCAACGUAGGACGGUGAUGUUUGGGAAACAAGAGAUUUUAUACUUAUUAAUAUAAGUGUACAUUAAGAGCACCAUGAUGAAAGAUAUUUGUUAACAUGCUACCGACUUUGCGCCGAAGUCAUAUACAAUAUUUCAAGACAUCUGAAAAGAAAACAACUUGUGAUUUAUAAAUAUAUAUAUAUUUUUGUUCCAUAA